AUGACGGAAAAGGGUGCAGGAAAAGAUAGACGCCUUAUGCAAAUUAAAUUGUUAGAAGCUAAGCGUCAAUUGUAUUUCUCUCAAAUAAAUAAGACUUUUCAACUAUCAUCGAAAACAGAUGAAAAAUCACGGCAUAAUUUCUUAUCACAAGCUCGCGCCGUCGAUCAAUUACGUAAAGAGUUUGUAACUUUGGUUGAUGAUAUAAAUUUAUUAAAUUUGGAAGUAUAUCCCGAUUAUAGUAUUAAUUACCAGCCGUUAUCAGCUUUUGACGACUUAUAUUAUUUUAUUAAGGAUAUCCUGAAUAGUAUGGAGAGACCAAACCCACAAUCGCAAGCCGUCACACAUGCAAUUAAUCAGGAACAUACUAUUAAGAUUCCUCGUAUUGAAUUGCCUAUUUUCGAUGGUGAGUUACAAAACUUUCCUUAUUUUUACGAAACGUUUAAACGUGUUAUACACGAAAAUAAAACGUUAACGGAUUCGGAACGUAUUCACUAUUUAAUGAGCCACCUUUCCGGAAAAGCAAAACAUAUAUGUGCUGGUAUAAUCCCGGCGGCAGAUAAUUACGUAAUUAUUUGGCAAACUUUACAAGACAAAUACAAGGAUAACAGAGCUUUAGCUACGACAUAUCUAAAUCAGUUAUUUGCAUUAAAGAAUAUUAACGGUCCCUCUGCAAUAAAUUUAGAAAAUUUGGUAGAUAAAUACGCGGCCACGAUCGCAGCACUCAAACAACUUAAUAUAGAUAAUUUAAGUGACUUUAUUUUUGUUUACAUGGGCCUAAAGCUUGUAGAUUCCGAUACUGCGAAGUGUUUCGAAACAACAGUUCGUAGUCAAACGGACAUGCCUAAAUACGACGAGUUUGUUAAGUUCUUACGAGAACAGGUAAAAAUUUUGUAUCGAACCAGCACUUCAUCACAAACUCGUGGCAGUUCCAUGGCACCGCAUCCCAACUCUGGUAGUCGCCCAUCUAGCUCACGGGCUUUAACCGUGCCGCCACGCGUCUUAGUCUCCACGCAGCAGACCCAAGGUCGUACUAGGCCAUGUAAGCUUUGCAACAACACGGCGCAUACGCAUCUCUAUGCAUGUAAACCCUUUGCUAACCUUUCGGCUGCCGACAAAUUUAAAUUCGUUAAGGACAAUCGUUACUGCGUUAAUUGUUUGAGUAACCAACAUACCUCUUUUUAUUGCAACUCAAACACUUCUUGUCGCAAGUGUAAUGCCAGGCAUCACACGUUGCUUCAUUUUGGAAAUGAACCAUUUGCGGCGCAGUCUUGCACCGCCACUGUAGCCGUGAACGAGGAACAUGAUACUAGUGAAAUACUGAGCUCACUAGAACUUGAAGAAGAGUCCUCCUCCGAUCAAGUGCGUGACGGUUAUUUGGUUGGAGAAGGAAAUCCAGAAGUGUCGUAUUGCUCGUUGUCUUCUACAAAAUGCGAUUCAUCAUCAACAACGCAAGUUCUCGCAACCGCAAAGGUUUAUGCCACCGGUCGCGAUGGUCGCGAUGUAAUAGUUAGAUGUUUACUGGAUCCUGGUUCCCAGAAACAUUAUAUAACAACAAAAUGUUGUUCAAAACUACAGCUAAAGGUCGAAUCUAAUUCGCCUGUAACGGUGAAGGGAAUAGGUGGCUCAUCACAGAUAGUCAAGGGGGCGGCAAAUAUUUCUUUUCGAUCUCGAUUCAAUAAUACAAAAUUUAAUAUUCAGGCUCUAGUGUUAAAUCGAAUCACUAGUAAUAUACCAACGUGUAAUAUCGAUACUAGAUUCCUUGAAAAUCUACGUAGUAUUCCCAUGGCGGACGAUGGCUGGGGUAUGCCAGGAGAAAUAGAUUUAUUAAUCGGUGUUAGUCUUUUUGCAGAGAUGCUACGACCUGGUAAAAUUAUCGGGGAACCCGGUUCUCCGGAUGCGCUUGAGACCGUUUUAGGAUACAUCGUUCUAGGAGAUGCUCCAGCGGUUAUCCAGGCUCAAGCCCCAGCAGUCGUAGCUUUUCAUGCUAUUUCAACAUCUGAGGUCGAGACUCUAGUUAGGAAAAUGUGGGAACUCGACGAAAUUGAUCCUAAGCAUAUCUUUAGUGCUGAUGAUAAAAUAUGCGAAGAAAAUUAUAGCAAGACUGUCACGCGUGCUACUUCCGGACGCUACGAAGUAGCAUUACCUUUCAAAUUCAGUCCAGAUCUUCUUGGUAAUUCUUUGGAAGUUGCUGGGCGUAGAUUUUUGCAUUUAGAGCGUAGGUUUACUGCUCAGCCCGCUCUAAGAGAGGCGUACGAUAGUGUAAUCAAGGAUUAUAUAUAUCAAGGUUAUUUGUCUCCUAUUGAUACAGCCGAUAAAGAUCCUCUGCACUUUUACAUGCCCCACCACGCUGUUCUUAGGGAAGAUAAAUUAUCGACACGGAUUCGACCUGUCCUGGAUGCAAGUGCUAAGUCUAGUAGCGGAUUUUCUUUAAAUGAUCUUUUAUAUGCCGGUCCCAAUCUUCAACGCGACCUUUUUACAAUCCUAAUGAAUAUGAGACUAUUACCUGUUGCCAUCACAGCUGACGUGAGGCAGAUGUAUCUUAGGAUAGGCGUCCGUAAGCAGGAUCGACGUUUUCAGCGUAUCUUAUAUCGCUUCAGUCGGAAUGACAAUUUAGGAGGUGGUUCAGAUAUUCAAAUUCCAAUAAAAUCAUUAGAAUUCAAUAGAGUAGCCUUUGGACUAAAGUGUAGCCCAUUUUUAGCUCUUCGCACUGUCUCGCAACUAGUACAGGAUGAGGGUCACCGUUUUCCUAUAGGUAAAGAAGUCGUGCAGAGAGAUCUUUACAUGGACGAUAUAGCUAGCUCACUGAUGAAUUCCGAUCGAGCUAUUUCUGCCUUUCAAGAGUUAAUCGGGCUAUUUAAGGCUGGGGGCUUCGAUCUAGUCAAAUGGAGUAGCAAUAGCACAAGGGUACUUGAAUAUAUUCCUGAAGAUUAUCGCUUGUCGCAAAAUGUCGAAUUUCACAAGGACGAUACCUUGAAAAUAUUAGGUCUUUACUGGCGUCCUCAUGAUGAUGAGUUCGCCUUCAAGGUAAUUUCAGAUGAUCGCCCUUGCACUAAGAGAAACAUUUUGUCCUCUGUCGCACGUUUGUUUGAUGUUUUGGGCCUGGUAGCACCUGUAAUUUUGUAUGCCAAGCUUUUAAUCAAGGAGCUUUGGAUUGCUAAAAUAGACUGGGACGCUGAUCCCCCACAACGAAUUACACGACUGUGGAAUGAAUUCCGACGGGAACUUCCCCUGCUUGCCCAGAUGAAAUUUCCUCGGCACCUUGGAGUGGUUCAUGGCUGUUCGGUAACAAUUCUGGGUUUCGCUGACGCGAGUGAAAAGGCUUAUGGCGCCGCAGUUUAUAUUCGAGUAGACGUCAAACAAAUUCAGACAACUGUCAUUUUGUCAUGCGCAAAGUCAAAGGUUGCGCCCUUGAAGGUUGUUUCAUUAGCACGUCUGGAAUUAUGUGCAGCCUUGUUGCUUUCUAAAUUAAUAAAAAAGGUUUUUGAAAUAUAUUCGAGUAGAUACCCAAUUGAUUCGGUGUUAGCAUUUUCAGACUCGACCGUAGUGUUAAAUUGGAUUCACUCUUCUCCGCACCGAUGGCACACGUUUGUUGCCAAUAGAGUCUCCAAAAUCCAGGACAACUUACCAUCGGAUCACUUUUACCACAUCAAGGGUAACGAAAACCCGUGCGAUUGUUUGUCCCGUGGAUUAACUCCUACACAACUUAUGAAUCACCCCCUGUGGCUACAGGGGCCUCCUUGGGCCCAUUUACAAAAAACCGAAUGGCCAAUAAAAACAUUUGUGCCAAAGGAAUCUUCCGACGCGCCGGAGCUUAAGUCUAUUUCCCUAGUAAUAAUAAAACCAAUCGAAGAACCUUUUCUUUAUAAGCUAGCACGUAAUUACUCUUCGUGGCAACGGUUCCUUAACGUGGCAAGCUACAUAUACAAGUUUAUAAGGAAGCUACCUCUGGGACCCAUAGUUGAGUCAGAUUUGGAAUUUACGGAAUUAGAAAUUAUGAAGGUAAUACAGUCAAUACAUUUUAGUGAUGACCUUCAACGUUUAGAGAAAGGGGGAUGUCGUUCUCCAUCUAUUAAAAAAUUAAACCCAUUUCUUAAGGAUGGCGUAUUACGCGUAGGUGGCCGUUUGGCAAACUCAGAGGAGAGUUUUGAUUUUAAACAUCCUAUUCUCCUUCCUUGUAAGGAUCAUGUGGUAGACUUGCUCAUACGCUCAUACCACUGCAAAUAUUUACAUACAGGACCAGGGUUGCUAUCUUCUGUACUCCGUGUUAAAUACUGGAUACUAUCUGCUAGACGUGCAAUUAGAGCCAUUAUAUCUAAAUGCAACGUAUGUUUUCGAUCUAAGCCUCAACCUGGGUUCCCUAUGAUGGCUGACCUCCCUGAACCUCGAGUGAGAGCGGUUGUCAAAGCCUUCGUCCAUACUGGAUGCGAUUAUGCCGGCCCAGUCCUAGUAACACCAUAUCGUGGUAAGGGUAUAAAAAGCCGUAAGGCUUACAUCUGCUUGUUUACAUGCCUUACUACACGAGCGGUGCAUAUUGAGCUCGCAAGCGAUCUCAGCACAGCUUGCUUCUUGGCAGCCAUGAAACGAUUCCUAGCUAGACGGGGAUCGGUUCAAUGUUUUUAUACCGAUAACGGAACUAAUUUUAUUGGUGCCCGAUCUUAUCUUCGCGAUUUGUACGCUUUUCUAAAGAAUGAAUAUAAACCAGUGUGGGAAAAGCAGUUAGCAGAAAGUCGUAUCCAAUGGAAACUGAUUCCUCCUAAUGCUCCACACUUCGGUGGUUGCUGGGAAAGUAACAUCAAGUGCAUAAAAACCCAUUUAUAUAGGGUCAUCGGCCAACAAAUUCUAACCUUUGAGGAGCUUCAAACAGUUUUAAGCCAGAUUGAAUCCAUAUUGAAUUCACGACCACUUACAGUUCUCAGCUCUGAUCCUUCAGAUCCAGCAGCUUUGACGCCAGCUCAUUUUUUACAUACCGUCCCGCUUGAUUUCCUGCCAGCACCUGAUAUCGAUGAUUCGAUUCCGCAUCUUCUAACUCGAUAUGAACUCUUAGACAAGUUGGUACAGUCAUUCUGGAUGCGAUGGAGGAGAGAAUAUCUUCAUAGCCUACAAGCCCGCCAGAAGUGGAACUCACCAUCCUUCCCAGUUAAGGAAGGAACGGUUGUUGUAGUAAUACAGGAUAACAUCACGCCCUUACAUUGGCCCUUAGGCAUUAUAACACAAACCUUUAAAGGUAAGGACGACGUUAUACGUGUAGCAAUGGUAAGGACUAAGCACGGUACUUACCAAAGACCAGUGGUUAAAUUGUGUCCAUUACCAACUCAGUAA